GUCGAAGUAGAGCAACUAUUUAUAGCAAUUACACCUAGCUAAAUUUCAAUAUAAAUACGAUAGAGUUAUAUGCAAAAUAACUAUACUUACAGACUUUCCACCUCACUUUAGGUUCGUGCUUUCACAAAUUACGAGCAUACAGAGAAUCGCUUUUCCUUCCGGACGAUCCAAGAAUGGAAGCUUCCGGAAAGCCAUUGGAUUAUGACAGAAUGUCUAUUAUUUCCCGAGCAAGCACGGCUGUAUCGAAGCUACCUAAAAGGGACUUUCAGGAAAUGAAAAGUUUUGCUAACCCACCUGUAGCUGUUAAAGACGUGUUGUUAGCCUCCAUGUUACUACUGGGGCAUAGGGAAUCAGAAACAAAUUGGCAAAUGAUUAAGACUUGUCUUGGAAAAACCGGAAAAGAAUCAAUACCAGAGAGAGUGGCAGCCCUUAACGUGGAGAAAAUGCCAGAGGAGAAUCUAAAGAAGGCUAAAGAUAUACUGGCAAAAUAUGAUUUAAACGGGAUAGCAAACGUCAGUCAAGCAUUAAAGGAAUUAUAUAUUUGGGCUAGUGCCGUGACAGACGACUAGGUGAAAAUAAAGUGCUUCAUGUAAAAUAUGCAAUAAGAGGAUGUUAUUGGUAAGCUUUCAAACAAAACUACGAAACAACACUGUCUAACUGAACGGCGUUCCAUAGAUAAUGUUUCUACGAUAAUUGUUCAAAACUUUAUUUGUGUACAACGACAGAACAAAACAGAACAGUUAUAUGCUUUGCCAGAGUGCAAUAUUGGUUGAUCUACAUUUGUAUAGAAUAAAAGUAUUAUAUAUCUGAACAUGUUUCAAAAUAUAAAAGUAAGUUAUAGUUGUUUGCAUCAGUGCCAGUUUUACUGCAUUGCACUCCCAUUCAUUCAAUGUUCUAACUAAAAAUAGCGAACAUAGAAGAUCGAAUCACUACUGCGUAGAUCUAGUACUUUAAAAAAAUGUCUUUCAAUUAAAAUAACAUUACAGUUUCUGUUAGAUACUUCAAGUAAAUCAAUAAUUAUUAUUUGGUAAAGAAGUAUUGACAAUAGAGAAAAACUCACCGAAGUGCAAAAGUUUAAAAAAAACAUACAGACAGGUUCAAAUAAUGCAUAUAGUAUUAACAACAAAUCAGUUGACAUUGAACAUACAUUUUAGUAAUAUUUGACUUAAGUUAUCCACCAUUAUUCAAAAUUAUAUGUAUACAUAUAUCAUCUCGUGACAGUCACAGGCAGACAGAAAGACUCAUGCCAUCACAUCGAACGCUUUUUUUUUUCAUUUAAUCAUGAAACAGUGUUUUUUUAUUGUUUUAUUAUCUCUUGUAAAUGUUUUUUAUCCAUCAUCUAUAGUUUAUUAUUGCUCGAUUUUAUAUGAUGUUAUUUUUGUGUUCGUUUUUUUUCUACAGCUAAAGGGAAGGACAGUCUCUAAUGUUGUCAGGACUUGUUGUCCGAUCCUUUUGCCCUUUAAUUAUAUAUGUUGAUAUUGUUAUUGUAAUAACUUCAUAUCAAAGAGUAAUAAAAUAUGAUUAAAUUAA